AAACUUAAAAAUUUUACAUCUGAGCUUUGAGUAAAGCGAAAAAAAGUUAAAAAAAAAGAGAAAAUUUUUCCAUCUUAUAUAACUUAUAAUCAAAGGAAAAAUCUGUGGGAAACCUCUUCCCCAAUUACAUACAUUUAAAAGUUUUAGCCUCAUUUUCUGUAAGUGGGUUGAAAUAUUCAAGUUGUAAGGUGAUGGGCUAAAACUUUUAAAUUUAAUAAGAUAAGGGGUUUCCCUAUAAGAUUUUUGCUAUUAUCAGUUACACCAAAAAACAAUUCUACAUGGACAAAUACGGGAGAAACGGCGUCGCUUAAUCUUGCAACUUCUUGUAGCGUGGCAUGUUAUAAUUGGUCAAUUGAUGCAAAACCAAAGCCAACGACGCACCUGAUCAUAAAGAAAUCCAACAAUGGCAAAAAAAAAAAAAAAAAAAAAAAAAAAAAGAAGAAAAGAGAGAAGAAGAAAAAAGAAAGGGAGAUUGCUGUUGACUGUAGCUUUGCGAUUGUCAUUGUAGAGAUUGUAUGCUAUUUGAGGCGUAACACUAAGCCAAGCGAUUGAAGAAAAUGUGGAAGAUGAAAGAGUACGUAUCAGGGGGUGAGAGAGAAGAAAGCUUAUUGGAUCAAGAAUCCGAUGGCAUCUGCUCUCUCUCCCCAAUCCAGAGAAUGUACGCCUUUGCAGCUUGUCUGGGUUCCGGUUUAGUUAUUAUGUUUCUGUCAUUGAUUGUUUUUGCCAAGCCCAUAAAGUUUGCAUUAUUAUUCACCUUUGGCAAUGUGUUAGCAGUGGGAAGUACAGCCUUCCUCAUGGGACCUGAGCGGCAAUUGCGCAUGAUGCUAGAUUCAGUCCGUAUUUAUGCAACGGCAAUUUAUGUUGGAUUUGUUGUUUUAGCUCUCAUUUGUGCUCUCUUGAUCCAUAGCAAGAUUCUUACAAUUAUUGCUAUCAUAUGUGAGAUUUGUGCCCUUUUUUGGUACUGUCUGAGUUAUAUCCCAUUUGCUAGAAGAAUCGUGUCUGAAUUAAUGGUCCGAUUUUGUGACACUGAGCUCUAGCUUAACUCUAAAUGGAAACAAAGACUGAUCAUCUGAGAAAUACUCAAACUUGGUAUGCAGUUUUGCCUGUGUUUGCUUGUCUCUGAGUCUCAACAAUUGCCAGUUUCAGUUGCUUCUUGAGUUAAAAGAUCUGAUUUUGUGACACUGAGGUGUAACUAAUGCGAUUGGAAGAAUGAUAAUUUGUAUUUCACCAUUGAUUGUUAUGGUUAGAAUAUCACUCAUUUCUUGGUUUCUUAAUUAAAUUCAAUUCAUUUG